AAAAUCUUCAAAGUUCAAUUGUCACUUUCAGUCAGUUUCCUAAUUUUAAUUAAAAUAAUUGUUUUUUGGGACACAAUGAUAUAGUAACCAAUUUGAAAAAAAUUGUUUCAUUGAGAAAAGUGUUUUCCAGUACAUUGUCUCAAAAAUGGCAGGCACAAGACGUGCACGUAAUCAGGUGAAUUCGCUGCCUAUGCCUCGUCAGAAUUCAGUGUCUGACAAUGGGCGAGCACGCCAGGGCCUGAGCUCAGAAGCUUUAGCCGCUAUGACUAAGGAACAGCUACGUGCAGAGUGUCGGAAAAGAGGUCAACGUGCAACGGGAAACAAAAACGAGCUGCUCGCCCGUCUCGGGUAUUACAAGCUGGCGGUCACUCCUCAGCCUCAGGACAGCGAACAGCGCAUGCGCAACGGCUUGCACGCUCCACACCCGAAGGAGAUAAGAUUAUCUUUAAAUGACAGGACCAAAACAAAUUCCUCAAUGGAGGCCGACAGUCUUGUGUUGUGGAGGCGGCCCCUCAUCACAUUGGAGUAUUUCUUCAGAGAACUUUUUAUAUUAAUCAACACAGGAUUGCAGAGAUUGAUUGCAUACAGAGUACUGGCGUUAACAAUAGCCGUGGCAAUAAUUGGUACUGCGAUUUCGUAUUAUAUCAGCGGCCCUCAUCAGCAGUACGUGCAUUUAGUUGUAGCCACUCUAGCCUGGUGGGGCUGGUGGGUAGUUCUAGGCGUUUGUAGUUCUGUGGGCCUCGGUACGGGCUUGCACACAUUCCUAUUGUAUUUGGGGCCGCACAUAGCGAGGGUUACACUCGCAGCGUAUGAAUGUGGAGGACUAAACUUCCCGGAGCCACCUUAUCCUAAUGAUAUAAUUUGUCCGGCGGAGGUCGAUCCUAACUACGCGGUAUCGAUUUGGAAUAUAAUGGCGAAAGUUCGCGUCGAAUCCAUGAUGUGGGGCAUAGGCACCGCUCUAGGCGAACUGCCGCCGUACUUCAUGGCGAGGGCCGCUAGACUCUCAGGGGCCGGGGUCGCCGAACUCAACACCGACGAUGAUUCGAGGACCGGAAGGGCUAAAAUAAUGGUGCAGAAAUUAGUGCAGCGCGUAGGCUUUGCUGGUAUAUUGGCUUGCGCUUCGGUGCCUAACCCUCUCUUCGAUUUGGCCGGCCUGACCUGCGGACACUUCUUGGUGCCGUUUUGGACGUUCUUCGGAGCGACGGUCAUCGGGAAAGCGGUCAUAAAGAUGCACCUGCAGAAAAUGUUCGUCAUUAUCGCGUUCAACGAGACUUUGGUUGGGCAAGCGUUGUCUUGGGUCGAAAAAAUACCGUACAUCGGUCCGAAAUUAGAGGCUCCGCUUUUGGAAUUCUUGAGGAACCAGAAAGCGCGUCUUCACAAGAACGAUUCCACGCAGAUACCAGAAAAUCAGGGUUCGGUAUUAUCGAACAUUCUAGAAAAGUUCGUUCUGGCGAUGGUCGUUUACUUUAUUGUGUCGAUUGUGAACGCUUUGGCCCAAAACUACAGUAAGAGGGUCGGUAAGAAGAAGAGCAAGAAAAGAGAAUAGGGAUUGAAAAUGCCGGGCGACGUCGACGGACUUGCUCGGCAUAGACAAAAGAAAGGGAGAUCGCAUCGACGCCGGUAGUACACGUCCGUGCUUAGUGCAACGGCCGCGGUGAAAGUUAAACUAUUACUCUAUGUUCAAGACCAUAGACACUCAUGGCGUGGCGUUGUGGCGUUAUGACACGAACUUUGACAUUUAGUGACGACGACGAGUGUUGUUAAUACUGUUAUAUGGAGGGUAGAACUAAGAAGCGCCAUCUUGUUUAGGAGAUAAUUUGAAAAAGUGUUCAACUGUAAACAGCAAGUUAUUGUUUUGAAGACUCAAAGGAAUAGUACUAUAGUAGAAUUAUUUUGUCCGUGCAUUUCGGGUCAUAAAACAUAGCCCGGCUAGGGCGGUAAGCAUGUUGCGCGGGCGCAACGUCAUUAUCUAUAAAAACAAAUGAGUCAUCGAAGGCAGGUACACAGCGGCGGAGCGGUAUAUGAAGGGUAGUGAGACAUUGUUAUAUUAUUAUUAUUAUUUUUAAGAGAUUUUAUGACCUGGUAACUGAGACCUUUAAGUCAUGUCUUAUUUUAAUUUAUAUUCAUAUUUGCAUGAAAAAUGAUAUUAUGGAGUGAAAUGAAAUGAAGAUGAUUAAUUUGAGACACUAAUCAACUGGGAUGAAAUUAAAUGAAAUGAAUUGAGAUGAUAUGGGAUGAAAUAUAAUCUCAGUAAAAUGGUGGUCAUUUACUAAGAUUUUUUCAGUGGACUUUUUUGAGGAUCCUGAGAAGUUACGUCCAGUUUUCCCACAUUUGUGCACUUUUGUAGAUAUUAAACAGUUAAUAAACCACCAUUAUUACACAUUUAAACCCGAAGAAACACUAAAUAGACAAAAUAAAACAAAUCACACAACUUCACUCCUCGCGUUCCCGCCAAAAAGUCCAUUGUUAUAUUAUGAAUCAUUUGUUGUACCUACCUGCAAAUUAUAGUACAUAUGUCGAAGAGAAAUGUGAUUUUGUGCAUUCGCUCUCUGAAUUUCUUUAGUGACACAAUGGCAAGUUACAAAGUGUUAAUUUCUGCCGUUCUCGUUAACUUCCUGCGGAGAUAUGUGGUGUAAGAGUUCGAUUAGUGAUUUUUUCUUUCAUUUUCUAUCACUAACCCACAAAAUGACAAAACUAAAUACACUAUCGAUAACGCUUAUCGACAACAAUAAUGCGCAUCACUGUGCCCGUCCAUAAGGCUCGUGAGUGGAAGAGAGAGCGAUAUACUCGCUUCACCGCUCCGAUUAUUUAUGACCCAAACUGCACGGACAAAAUAAUUCUACUAAAGUGUAGGAAAUGGAAAUUAUAUGAAUAUAGCAGUUUUAAAUGGAGUGAAGUGUGCUGGAUUGAAGCGAAGUUUACUGUUUUGAAAAUCCUUUCACUUGCUACUAUGGCGCCACCUUAAUUGUCUCCCUUUCAACGGACACUUUUUAAUACACUGAGAUGAGAUGAAUUAUCCUUACUUCUGUCCUCCAUGUACUGUUUGUUUAAGUAACUGUACUUGUCAGUGUUACCAACUAACAUUUAGCUUUUAAUAGUUAAUGUUGCCAUGUCAACAAAUACUAAGGAUAGGUUUCUAUCUAUUAUCAAUACUUAUAUAUAACCAGUAUAUUGUAAAGUAACAAAUAUAUACAUUAUCUAAUGUAGUAAUAAUAUAAUAUCAAGAAAGUAAUAGUAAGCAAUAUUGCAAGGUGCUUCUUUAGUAUUUGCGUAUUCUGUGUGAACUAAAUAAAUAUACACAUACAAUCUCAAAGGCUUUAGAAAAUCAAUACACAAUUUUACUAUGAUGUAAAAAAUUCUGUGUGCUUUUUUAAUUAGAUUUUGGAACAAGUAACACAUUACCAAAUGCUUAAAUGUUUGGUUAUUAUUAAAAUUAACACUAUGUAAUGUAAAAAAUAUCAAUAACUGGUUAACUUUACUUUUUUUUUUAAUAGAAUGUAAAAUAUUGAUUAACAUUAAAAAAAAUGUAAUAAAACAGCUAAUGUCCGACAGAUUAUUGUCUUGCCUGUACAAAACGAAAGUUUGUAAAUAGAUUAUAAUUAGGUAUUUAUAGUGUUAAAAUUGGCAUAGAGUAAAUAUAACUUUCACUUAGCAUAUUAUGUGAUGUGUAUCCGAACUACCGAUAUAAAGUUGAAGCUAUCAAUUAAAAUACAAAUAUUGUCCAAAAAUAAAAGAUUAAAUUAGUUAAUAAAUCCCAUAAAAAUUGAGUGUAAUAGAACUGUUUGAAACAGCAAAAGCACACCAGACAUUAAGACAGAAAGUGUAUUCACUUCGAUAAGCUGAGCACGAAUUUGGUGACUUCCAAUAAUUUAAUAAAAAUUAAAUUAGGGAAAUUAAGUGCGAUAAAUUAAAAGAAAAUAUGCAUUAGUAUUUAUUAUAUUUGCCAGCAUAUUAAGCCGUAUUUGAACUAUUCAUGUUUGUGUGUUAUGGAAACAAUCUAUACAUAAUGUAUAAUUUAUAAUAUAUAAACAGUAGAACCCGGUGUGUCUGUACAUUGAAGAAAAGUAAUAAAAAUAGAAAGAGGAUAACUUAAAAAGAGUUGAAUACCAACCAACGAUUUUCAGAAUUCAUUCCUGUCUGUCUGUUUGUUUGUUUGCAUAUGUACAUAUUAUAUCUUUCGAACUACGCAUUUUCAUGUAGUUUUCACAAAUAGACAAGACCUAAUUUGAAGCAGAACAUAUGCUUUGUGUCAUUAGAAUGAGGUUGCAAAAAAGUUACCGUCGUGAUCAACCUUACAGUUUGUAAUGUAGCGAAAAUUGUAGUUAAUUAAGUGCAGUAGAAAUUUGAAUUAAUAGUAGUUAAAAUUGUAAUUUUUAAGAAACGACUUCGGAGGUUGCUGGAUGGGAUUUUAAAUGAGUAAAGUAGUUUAGAAGUAAAUAGUUGAAUGUGCAAAUUGUUUUUCUUAAAAUGGUAAAACAUUGCUAAUGUUCUGCAGUGUUGGCUUUUCAAUUGACAUAUUUCAAAUAGUUAUGAUUAUUUGUUAUAAUAACAAUUUUAUUUGUCACAACGCUCGCGUUGCGUGGUUCUUCAAAGUAAAAGAAGAAGAAGAUACAUAAAGUAUAAUAUAAUAAAUAAAAAUAAAUACGAUAAACUGUAUUAAUUCUUGUCAUAAAUUCACACAGACAACUGUACGGUGCUAUUCUUAAUUUUACAUGUCUAGAUUUUAGCAGUAAAAUUAAUUAUCAGUUUUAACUUUAAUUUUAAAUGGAUGCAGAAAUUGUGCUAUUGAAUCCCCAACCACGCUUCGCUGCAGUUGUUUAGUGACAACUGCACUGUGAGAAAGAUUUAUAUGGCACAUGUAACCUACAUGCUAAAUCAGAAACCUAUUCUAAAGCACCCACAAUAAUUGUACAAAAUUCAGUGUAAUCAAAUUGUAAUUUUUGUCAAAAUCAACGAGAGACUUUUUUCGUGGUGACAGUUCACUGCUUUAGCCCUUUGUUUGUUUUAAAUAAAUUGUUGCAAUAUCACAAAUAAAUUUUCAUACUUUGGCCGUUUUCCAAUUACAGCACAAGAGCGCAUUAUGCGGCAUGAUGCUCAACUAAGCUUCAGCAUAAUUCGGCAUUGUGCGUCACUGAGUCGCAUUAUGCUCUGUAAUUGGAAAACUACCAUUAAGUAAUGGUUAAUUAACCAUUAUAAAUUAUGAACCGAAAUGACCCGAAGAAAGUAUCCAUUAAGUGAAACGAAGUUAGUCUCUUACAGAACUGCAUUUUAGAAACCAUUGUGUUUUUUUAUAUGCCCAUUUUGUAUUUAGUGUUGUCAAAUUAUUCGGUUUAAAUCGUCAAGUGACAUUUAAAAAGUGAGUUAUGUCAGAAUUUUGACUACUAAAAUGAAUUUAUAAAAGAAAGACAUUAAUAUAUACAUAUUAUUUUAGACGUUAGAACUGUUAGUUUCUUUUUUUUUAUUAUAAUAAAUGAAGUAUCUAUUUUUAACUCCAGUAUUUAAUUAUGGUAUGUGCGUGGUGAUCGUUUUAAAUAUACAUUUUUAAUUUGAUCUUACGCCUUUCAGACCAAUAAUGAGAGCAUUGUUCUCGGGAAAUUAAGUUUAUUUAAAAAAGUUCAUUGUGAUAUGGACACUAAAGGAAUAACUUUAAAAAAUUAACAAUACACACAUAGACAAUUAAAAUAAGGAAUGUAGUAAAACCAUCAUUUUUUAUUGGAUAAGUAAUGUGGCUGUGCUAUAGUUAACAGCAAUUAAUAUACAUAAUAUAAGUAUGUCAAGAAACCUGAAAAAAUUAUAUUCUAAUUUUAUUAUUAAAGGAAAGAAUUUUAUUAUUUGUAUUAGAUUCGAUUUUUUCAUUAUCUAUCUAUAUAUUUGAGAAAUACUUGGCUAGUCAAAAUAUACGAAAAGUUAUUUAUAAAAGUUGGGUAAUAUAAUAGUAAUUUUUUAAAUGUUAAUGAGUUGCCACUUAAUUUCACACAUGUGUGUAUACAGUUUGUUAAGAAAUAAUAAUACAUUCCGCAUCAUUUAUAUCGUAAGACGAUAUUAUAUAAACACAUUUUAGACUUUCCAGUUACCUAGAGAGCUAGACGUUUGACUAGUGACCAGAUUAAUGGGCAGAAAAAAGUUUUCACGUGUGAGUUUCUUAGUCAAAUAAAGUUUUCUUAAUAAUUAAGAGAUUGUGUUUUGUGGCUAGGUUAUUUUAAAAUUAAAAAAAAAAAAACAAGUAAUAUAGACAAUAUUUGAGAACGUAGCUAACUUUAAAAUUCAAAUUUUCAAAUUUCACUUUUGAGGUUGAUAAUGUUGUUAGGAGUUAAAUGAAUAUAGACACCACCCCGUAUUUUUUACUUUACGCACACACCUUAAGAUGGCUGCUUCACACUUCACGUGAGAAUCACAACGUUUAGGCGGGCUUUUGAAUCGACCUAAAACCCCGUGAAAUUGCUUAUUAUUUCACACGUGAAUGUGGAACCGUCUCGAAUAGAACUAUAUUGCAAUGUUUUCACGUAGGUAUUUGAAACUUAGCAAUAAUUUUGGAUGAUAAUCCAUUCUAUUUAUUGAUGUAUAUUUUGCAAAAGAUUUGCUUAAAAUGUUUUAUUUAGAUUAUAAUUCUUAAUUAGAUAUAAAAGUCUUCGAGUGGUACAUUUAGUACAAAUUACUGCUUAAAAUAAUGUUUAGUAAGUUUGAGGUUUCGGAAUGAGAGACAUUAAAUCAAUGUUAAUGGAA